AGAUUUUGUUUAAGAAAACUGUUUAGCAACACGUGUCAGGAACAAAGCGCGGGUCUACCAUCAUAAACAACACCGAAGAAACCGUGUUACAUUUCCCUCCGAUCGUUUUUUUUUUUUUGAGGCCGAAAAAGCAAACUAACUCUGAUAUACUGCUAUGUUUCAGUUUCACUUUCACUGCGUGGCCAAAGAUGGAAGACGGAAAGGGAAGCCGAAGCAAUCUCUGAGCAACAAAUUAGGGUUUCAACAUUGAAUAGUCUCUUUUUCUUCCCCAAAGAGAAAGUCUUGGUUUAGAUGAGUUGGUCUCAACAAUGGGUUCUGAUUCCAAUUUGGGAGGGUCGCCCUCAGCAUCUUCGCCCAGUGCCAAACGCACCAGAGAUCCCGAAGAGGAAGUUUACCUCGACAAUCUUCGCUCUCACAAGCGUUACCUAAGCGAGAUAAUGGCAUCCAGUCUUAACGGGUUGACAGUUGGAGACUCACUUCCUGAUAAUCUCAUGGAUUCUCCAGCAAGGUCUGAAAGCAUGUUCUCUUUCAGAGAUGAUAUGUCUUUUUUGCAAUAUUCACCGAUGUCAGAAGAUUCAGAUGACUUAAGGUUUUGCGAGACCCCUGUGCACAGUUGCUCAUCUCAACUCGACAGUCUUCCCAGUAGUCCAGUUUCUCCACACAGGUACCAAAGACCGCAGAAUGCAUCAUCUUCAGCACCUUCCUCAAGUUCGAAUGCUUCUCAUGUCUCCACCGUUACUUGCCCCCAGCCUCGUCAGAGAGGGUCAGAUUCUGAAGGCCGCUUCCCAUCAUCUCCAAGUGAUAUAUGCCACUCAGCUGACUUGAGAAGAGCUGCACUUCUAAGAUCUGUGCAGAUGAGAACACAACCUCCUAGCCCUGCAUCUUUGGACCUUCCCUUUGUUUCUAACCCAGAGUCUGCUACUAACAUAGAUCCUGAGGAAAGAUCAUGCCCAUAUAUGAAAUCUCUGGUUGACGAGAGAGAGUAUUGAGGGUAGGGUUCAUCAAUGGGUAUUCCUGUACUCCACUUCAACCUUGGUCAUGGUAUUUCGCCAUGCAGGGUCCUAAUGAACGAGUCUUCGGAAGGUAAAAUUGCUAUAUUGGAGAAUUCAGUUUUUUUUUUUAAAUCGACAAAUGUUAGUUCAUUGAUUUUGUUAGAAAUGUCAGUUUAGAGGAUUCAAAUCCAACACUUCUCUUCCUUUCCCCUCCCUUCACCCUUCAUCAUUUUCCAAUCACCAGCCCAACCUUAGGAGAAAUAUCAGUCUUGGUCUUGUUUACGGGAUUUUGUGGUCCCGCUAUAGCCCAUUGUCUCCUCCAACUGCUCUCUAGUAAAUUAUGCGUAGUCCUUUUUUUUUUUUGUCAAAGGAUAAUCAUGGAAUUUCAUUCAUUAAAAAUAGAGUUGUAGAUACAUGAUGGUGUAAUAUGGAAAAUUUUGGUACUAGCAUAACAUAGAGCAGCUUUUGCAAGCAAUUGAGCUACAGUAUUUGCUUGCA